UUAGGGCAGAGUAACUUUGACAAUAUUUUGCCCCAAAACCCUUCACUCCCAUCCGCCACACUCAAAAACUCAAAACUCAAAACUCAGAACUCUCCCCACAAUCACCAACUCCAUACAGAACUUCUCUAGGGCUUUCUUGCUUCUCGCUCCAUUACUUCGCACUCUUGCGAUCUGUAGGGUUUCAGUGCCAUUUGCAGCCUCGAGUUUCUCCUUUUCAGGGAAAUACGACGAUGGGGUUCCAGCUGCCGUCGCAUGGAAUUCAAUCGAUGCUUAAAGAGGGCCACAAGCAUCUCUCAGGUCUGGAUGAGGCUGUCCUCAAGAAUAUCGACGCCUGCAAGCAGCUUUCCACCAUUACUCGAACGUCUCUUGGUCCCAAUGGAAUGAAUAAGAUGGUAAUUAAUCAUCUAGACAAGCUUUUUGUCACAAAUGAUGCUGCUACAAUCGUCAAUGAACUUGAGGUACAGCAUCCUGCAGCCAAGAUUUUGGUUUUAGCAGGUAAAGCUCAGCAAGAAGAAAUUGGUGAUGGAGCUAAUCUGACAAUUUCGUUUGCUGGGGAGCUUUUACAAAAUGCUGAAGAGCUCAUCAGGAUGGGUCUGCACCCUAGCGAAAUAAUCAGUGGCUACACAAAAGGAAUCAAUAAGACUGUUGAGGUUUUGAAUGAACUAGUGGAGAAAGGUUCUGAGACCAUGGAUGUUCGUAACAAAGAGCAAGUUAUUUCGCGAAUGAAAGCUGCUGUUGCUAGCAAGCAAUUUGGACAAGAAGAUUUUAUAUGUUCUCUAGUUGCUGAUGCAUGCAUUCAAGUUUGUCCUAAGAAUCCAGAAAAUUUUAAUGUGGACAAUGUUCGAGUUGCAAAGUUACUAGGAGGUGGUUUACAUAAUUCUUCAGUAGUGCGUGGCAUGGUCUUGAAAAGUGAUGCUGUGGGAAGUAUCAAAAGAAUUGAGAAGGCAAAGGUUGCUGUAUUUGCUGGUGGCGUUGAUACAUCUGCAACUGAAACAAAAGGGACAGUAUUAAUUCACACUGCUGAGGAGCUACAAAACUAUGCAAAAACUGAGGAAGCUAAAGUUGAGGAGCUGAUAAAAUCAGUUGCCAACUCAGGUGCUAAAGUAAUUGUUAGUGRAGCAGCUGUUGGGGAAAUGGCUCUACACUUUUGUGAACGCUACAAGCUUAUGGUGUUAAAAAUUACCUCUAAGUUUGAGUUGCGAAGAUUUUGUCGAACAACUGGUGCUGUAGCAAUGUUGAAGCUUAGCCAGCCAAAUCCAGAUGACCUGGGUUAUGUGGACUCUGUGUCAGUUGAAGAAAUUGGUGGAGUUAGGGUCACAGUUGUGAAGAAUGAAGAGGGGGGUAACUCCAUAUCAACUGUUGUCUUGCGUGGAAGUACUGAUAGUAUAUUGGAUGAUCUUGAACGGGCAGUUGAUGAUGGAGUUAAUACGUACAAAGCAAUGGCGAGGAACAGCCGCACUGUACCUGGAGGUGCUGCCACAGAAAUUGAGUUGGCUAGAAGAGUAAAGGAGUUCUCUUUCAAAGAAACAGGAUUGGAUCAGUAUGCGAUUGCAAAAUUUGCAGAGAGUUUUGAGAUGGUACCAAAAACUCUUGCUGAAAAUGCUGGGCUAAAUGCGAUGGAGAUAAUAUCCUCCUUGUAUGCUGAGCAUGCAUCUGGCAAUACCAGAGUGGGUAUAGACUUGGAGGAAGGGAUUUGCAAGGAUGUGUCCUCGUUGAAUAUAUGGGAUCUUCACAUUACUAAGUUGUUUGCUCUUAAAUAUGCUGCAGAUGCUGCUUGUACUGUCCUUCGAGUGGACCAGAUAAUAAUGUCAAAACCAGCUGGAGGCCCCAGGAGAGGGGAGCAGCCUGCGGGGAUGGAUGAGGAUUAAAUGUUGCUCAAAUUGGCUUUCUUCUAUAAUUUAUUCUGCAUCUGCCCAUCCUCGCCCUCGCAAGUUUUGAUUAAGAUACCAAAAUGGUUUGUAUAAGAAUGGCGUUUUCUUUUAGAUUUUGGGUAUGGUUGGGGUUGGGGGAGGAGAAGAGAAGAGUUUGUUAGUGGAAAUGUGGCUUUUUGCAAUGAAAUAGGACAAAUUUUGGAGCGACUGGCUUUGGCUUUGAUUGUUGGAUGGAAUGUGUUGAUGAUGGCGUUGAACUGCAAUUAUACAUUGUAGCUUAGUUAGGUUUGUCAGAGCCUUGUCUUUAUGAAGUUCUUGAUUCAGAUUACUAAUUUCCACCUUAAAUUAAUAUUUUGAGUUAAUCAUUU